CAGGCUCCUGCAGAAUUACAUCACUUCCUAAAAAACAGGCAAACACCUCUCCUUCAAGUUUGCACCAACCCAAACAAGCAGGAAACAGGAAAUGUUCACGUUUCAGGGAGGCUGAAGCCCAGCGCAUAGCAUCAGGUCUGCACCGAGGGGAGCUGACAUGAAGACUCCCAGAGCGGCCCUGGUCACCCAGCUACUUUCCACCGGAGGUGCUCAGGGUUAUUUUGAAGACUCAGAACAGUCAGGAUAUAUGCCCCAGGAAGAGGAAGACACACGCGGAGAGACCAUUACUCAAAGCGGACUGGCAGCAGAGACCACAGACACAUUCUUUGCAAGCACGAAUGUGACCUUCAUCGAUGGGGAGGAAAUUCAGCUGCAGUUUAUAUUAAUGGUAUUGAUCCCUGUGGUCUUAUUGGCCUUACUUCUAGGCACGAUACUGCUUUUAAUAUACUAUAAAAGAAAAAGAUCUAAACAAGAGCCUUCUAGUCAAGAGUCUCAGAAUGCUUUUCAGACAUAUGGACUGGGAAGUGAAAACUUGAAAGUUCCUAUUUUUGAGGAAGACACACCCUCUGUUAUGGAAAUAGAAAUGGAAGAGCUUGAUAAGUGGAUGAACAGCAUGAACAAAAAUGAUGACUGUGGGUGUUUACCGCCUUUAAAGGAAGAAAAGGAAUCCAUCCACAGCCCAAGUGACAAUGAAUCCUAAAAUUGAAUGGUGCUAAUGUUUUCCAAGAGAAGCAGCCCUGGAGGGAGGCUGCUGGGUCUGCCAACAGAGGAUGAAGAGGAUACAAAUUUAAUUAAUUUCAAAUCAACAUAGACACAAGAACCUUUUGCUGUUUCUUCCAACGCCCACUCUUCCUAACGAUGGCGUCACCUGUACCUGGAAGAAUGCGUGAUUGAGAAGUGCCGGGGAAAGGCCUGGCCCACAUCCACUCCUGCCCUGGAGGGAGGGGGAGCCGGCACCUCUGAUCGAUGAUGCUCCCUCCUCCCAGCCAACCUCUUGCUGCCUGCAUGUGCUGGCCAUGCUAGGUCCUCAUUACCUUUCGGCUUCAUUCCUUCCGGCUUAAAUCAGAAAGCUUAUUGAUCGUUACCUUCUGGGUCACCUUAUUACCUAACUAGCUUUGGAUAAUGACCUCUGAUUAUUCAAGCCCGGUGAUAGGUGUGUUACAGUCAGUAGGAACUUUUCUCAGAGACAGCUGUGGCAUGGAAAAGUCGGCAGACAAAGCUUCUGGUGCACGCCCUCCAGGGGGUGGUAAGCUCACUGAGACUGGCAGGGAAGACACAGUGAACAAGCUGAGGUCCUGAGAAAGUGUUUUUGGAUGACAUUAGACCCGGAACUGGAGCUGGUGAGAUUCUGUCACUCUUGGGAAGCACUUGCAGGAACAGCAUCUUCAGUGAAAGAGCCACAGUGUUCCUCCUCAGCUGCAAACGCCCACAUUCCCCAAAGCUAGGUUGUGUUCUCCACUCCCCCUUCAGCACCAUACAUGGAUAGGGCCUAUGUGUGGAGGGGGUUGCCUGCCCCCUUUCUGAGUCUCUCAGAUCUUUAAGGACAUUUGAAGUGUGCAGACAAGAACAGGACACAUCUGUGCCCGUGGCAGAUAUCACGGUCAUGCUCAUUCUUUCCUGCCAAGCUGGGACAAGUCUCAUGUUCCCCUCAACGCAGCCCUGGAGCUGCCUGUCAGUCCCUUAGCGAGACCCUCCUACACGACGUCCUCUUGGCAGAAGCAGCAGUAAGAAUGCAGGAGGCCUGUUUAUCACUCCCGCUCACGUAAAAUCAAUCUCCAUUUAAUUCCUAAUGUUCUCUGACCUUUAAAGCCAUCUAGCAAAUUGGGCGUCCUCAGCUCUUCUCUGACACCUGGUAUUUUAUUCCAGGAAAGAAACAAAGAACAAAAACUUUAUUUAUUUUACUCCCCACAUUUAAACUGAGGGGAGAUGAGGUUCACCAAAUAUUUGCUGCUGAAUUUGGGGUCUUGUGUCUGAAAGGCUGUCUGAAUUCGUAACAAAUAUUCCGCCCCUCCCCUGCCAAAUCUCUUUAACUAGCACUUGACUUCUGAAAUAUGCUGAUAAUUUUAAAGGCCAGGAUCCAAGCCAGGAGCCCUUUCCAGAGGCAGGUAGAACUGUUACUCAUGCGUAACCACUGCUGUUGGCUGUCUGGGAACGGCAUGGGGCUUGGGCAAAAGACAUUCUUCAUGGUGUAUGACCGCAACAGAUUGAUCUGGCAAAUUCUCAUUAGCACCUCCUGAUAAGACUUUUUUUUUCCACCGCUGUUUUAAAUACUCAAAGUCAACUUGUGGUCCACAGUGACUCUCAGAAAUUUAUACCCAAACUGCCACUUUCUGAAUCAUCAUUUCUGCCUAUUUGGCUACUUGUUUGUCCUCAACAUUUUGAGUCUCAGAAAACUCUGGGCCUGCUGCUGUCUCUGUAGGUAUCUAAAGGUUUUUGUUGAAUGCUUAGGGCUGGGAACUUUAGCCAACCCUGUCAAAUAAUGAACUUUUAAAGUUCAGGAAGUAUAAGGCAUCAUGGAAUCUCACCUUGCUGAAGCAAUAUUUUGUGAUAUGAGAAAAUAUACAGGAUUUAAAUAACUUCAAAUGCCAGGAGAAGCAACUGCCAUCCACAGCUUGCCUCUAUAACCACAUGGAGUCUCCCAGCACAAAAUGGGUUGAAACAGUCAAGGGUUGGUUCUCCCACCCUGUAUUUUUCUUUAUUACUAUCCAACCAAUUGGCAUCAUAUACUUAGAAUGAUUUUAAAAAUUGUUUUUUAAUCCAAACUUAAUUUUGUUCCAGAUUAUUGUUAGUAAAACUCUCAUUAAUUUUCUCUAAUUGGGUAAUCAAGAGCAGUAUCUGACUUUUGAAGAUUUUAAAGAUAGUUAUUUUUAUUGCACUUUUAUAACUUUUAAGCAAACAAAGUUAACAACAUUGCCUCUUCAAACAUCUCAGAAAACUUACUUUUAUAAAUGUGUAAAAGUAUCAAUUUCUUAUUCUUAACUCAAUGACAUGACUCCUCUGUCUGUGAAGGUCAUUAUUAUCCAGAAGUGGAUCAACUUUGAAAACCACCAGGUGACAGGUCCUCCCGCUGAGGCCUCCUGUGGUACUAGGGAUGUAAGUGGGUGCUUUAAAAAAUGCUUUCAUCUCUUAUUUUGGUUGUUUAAACCACUGAUUUGUGCCACCCCUGAUAUAAGACCCUUAUGUGGAGUAAACAUAAAAUGUAGACUUUAGUUUUAACUUUUGUCAGACCGGUACACAUCUGGAGACAUUGGAGUGAUAAGACAUGGUUUCCUCCUGGGAAGACAUUGCUGAAUUCUCAUCAUGGGAAAACAGUGACAUUUCAGACUAAAUAAAAUUGACAGACCACUUUUCCUCAUCUCACUUUUUACUCAGAAUGAACCUUGGGGUCUCCACUUAAUAUCUCUAGCAGGCCACAAGAGUAGCUCGUGGACAGACCACAUCUCUUCAUUGUUGCAACAGCUAGGAGAGUGGCUAUAUGUUAGUAUGGAGUGAAAUUAGUCAGAUUGGUUAUUAAUAAUUAUAUUUCCUAAACAACCAAUGGGCUGAAUUUUUUUUUUUUUUUGAGCAGCUUGUAAUUUUUUUUUUUUUUAAUUGAAGUGACAUUGCAACACGUUACGCAGGUUUCGGGUGGGUGUCACUGAACAGCUUGUUGACAUUGCUUCGUGCUGUUUUGUCUGGCACCAAAAUUUCAUUUUCUUUUUAGUCCUCUUGGGGGUUGUUAUUUGUAGAUGCCUGGUGGGAUUGCAUAGUUUUGUUUUUUUGAAAUAAUGAUUUCUAAAUAGUGUGUCAUGCUCAUGAGCUAGCAAUCCACACAGUUCAUAAAAUAAACUUUUUAAAAUCAAUUCUGAAGUUGCUCUAAGCAAUUUUUGAAGUGAUAUUUUAAGAUGUAAAAUUCCUAAGCCAUGAAGAUUUUCAUUUCAGUGCUGGAAAAGACUGGAAACAUAGAGUGGUCCUGUUUACCAACCGAAGGUGUAUGGCAAAUUUUUUUUUUUUAUGAUUAGAGUCCAGGUUCAGCGACUCUGUCACUCGUAUACCUCACUUCACAUCAUAUUGUCAUCAUUGACCUUUGGUACUUUAUAAAUAAGUAACUGGCUUUUUUACAAAAAGCACAUUCUUUGCAUCUUUCCCUUCUUUGUUCUGCAUGGAGAAGACUACAGGAAUGAAAUGUGAACAUUGCAAAAGUAAACAUAUUUCCAGUGUAAAGACCCAUUGAGAGGGAUCACUGUAUUACUCUGACUUUGGAAAAAACCCUGAAAUGAUAUAUAACUUCAGGAAUAGGUGAAAACCCUGCAUGUUUAAUAAAUGCCAGCUUUCAGAAAGCACAUGGGUUGUAGUUACUCAGCAAGUUGAAAAUAAUCCAGUAGAUAAGUAGUCAUUUCACAUACGGACAUCUUGAUUUUAGCUUAAGUAAAAAUAAUGUAAAAGAAAUACUAUCUUCAGCUCUCUCAUUCUAUAAGCAAUGAAAAGGACUUCCAAGGAGGCCAGUGAGAUCAUCCAUGUGAUAUUUGCCACUUGGCUUUAGUCCCAGCAACAUACACGUUCCACCUGUAAGCCUCGUGCGAGAAAUGGCCUGCUCAAUUGCUUAUUCAGCACCACUAGACUGAAAUAGAUGUUAAGACUUCACUGAAACAUAAAUCACUAUAAAAUAGGAGGAAAGAAUACCUUCUGCAUUUGUUUCUAUGUAAUUAAUGUACGUCAAAAUUUGUUUACUAAAAUGUGUUAAUUAAGUUAAAGGGGUGAUGAAUGCAUCUUUCUAAAGGAACAUUCUUUGAACUUCUGUGACUAUGAAAAAGAAUUGCUAUCUUCAUAGGUGUACUCUUUUGACUACAUACCUCUGUAAAAUCAUCAAUUGACAAGUUUUUUAGCCUUAAACCUGUAUUACAUGAAAUUAUCCAGACUAAAAAUUAAUUGGAUUUUCCCUCUAACGGAGGUUAUUACACAUUCUUAUCAUUUUCCUUCUCUACAAAAUAUUUUUAUUUUUUUCAACCUUCUUUCCAUACAUUAUUUUUAAAUGGAAUGAAAUGUUAAAUGUCUAUGGAGUGUAAUUUUAAAACAUUUUGAAUAAAAAUGGAAAAGU